AUGGCGCCCACAACAGCCGGAAUGGCGAAAUACUGUAGUCUGGCCCUGAUGAUGUCGAACGGUUCAUCAGAGUUGGACUUCAUGUGCUUGUUUCUGGCAAGGCGGUACGUAAAGUCCAUAAACUUGCCGCUCAAAAUGGCUCCCGCGAUGGUUGAAAAUCCGGGAGCAAAGAAACAGAGUCCAAUUUUCAGCGAUGAGAUCAUGGACACCUCUGGAUAUUUCAAGAAACUGAUGGUCAAGAACGGAUUAUACUUGGUGAGCUUUGAAGGCUCCACUGUUUUGCGCUCUGUAUCGCACAAUCUGUCGCCAAAAUACCACAGAGCAGGCGACUUGUGGUACCAAUGA